GGGCGUGCAUCCAUUUUUAUUCCCAUAAUUGAAAUAUGUGUGGGGAUUGAUUUGAAAGAAUUGAUAACUAAUAAUGCAUAUAGCUAUGUUUCGGAUCAAAGGAUUCAUUCAGUUUUACUUGCAUGCAUGUAAAAAUAACUGAAGUGCCCCCAAGAAAAUACAUGUUCUACAACAGUUAUUACUCUUUGUGAAUUAUUGUUGUAGCAUUUUUCCUUCUCUUCCUUCUCAAGUCCAAAUGUUUAUUCAUAUUAUUUAAGCAAAAAAAUUGAAAUCCAAAUCCAUUCUGACCAAUAUUACCCGACUGAGUAGUCUUGGAUAAAUUUUCCUUGAAUGCUAGAAAUUGAAAGUAACUUCAACUGCAGGAACAGUAUCUAUCCACUUGGGGUGGUCUAAAAAUGGCCACGACACCCCUCCCAGCAUUUAUAUAAAUACAAAACAUUUGCAGGUAAACAAAGGAGCUUGAGACCCAGAUAAGAUGUCAAGAGGUCUGAAGUUACUCCAUGGCCCCCAUUAUCAUAUGCCAAGGAAACCAUCACUAGUAGUCCUCUCUGUUUGCAGAUUGAAUUUCUCCACUAAUUUCCAGCCUCAACUAACAAAGGACUAUCCAAAAAGGCCAACAUCAAUAAAACUGCCACUUUUGAGACUAAAUGCAACUCGCCACAAAAAAUCAGCAUCGAUAACAAUAGCAGCAGCUGCAGCAGGAGGAGGCGGAGUGCCGCAGCCACCACUUGAUUUAACAGAAGAGAAUGUUAGACAAGUCUUGGCUGAUGCCAGAGUUGAGUUCGGGCAGCUUUUUGACACUUCAGUUAACAUAACAGGACAAGCUGAACUCGCUGAAUUAGAUGGACCCUUUGUGAAGAUCAGUCUUAAAGGUCGGUUUUGGCACAAACGGUCAACAGUUCUUGCUAGACUUGGCAAUUAUUUGAAGCAACGAAUCCCUGAAAUUUUAGAGGUAGACAUAGAAGACGAGAAACAAUUGGAUGAUAGCCCUGAAAAUUUUUGAGGCAAUGGUUGCUACCAGGCAGUGCUAGUUUGCUUUUUAGUUUUUCUAUCAUCAAUUACUAUCCUUGUAUUAGCAUUAUUAUUAUUUUUUUAAAUGAUAAUUGUAUUGGCAUUUUAAUGAAAGUUUGCAGUGAAUGAGAGAAGUUCCGAAAUAUUGUCAAAA